AUGGGGCGCCCAGGUCCCCACAACCUGACCUGCGUGUCCUACAAGCACCCGAGUGUGCGGGGGGCGCUGGGGGAUGCGGGGGGGGCGGCGGCCGGCGCCGUUCGCUGCCCCCCCGGGCAGUGCUGCGUGGGCAUCUGGAACCGCAGCCACGCUCUGGUGCAGGGCUGCUGGGGGGGCCGGGGGGACUCGUGUCCCUCGGCCACCUGCGCCCCCAGCCCCGCGGGCCACCCCGGCAGCUCCGUGCUGCUGUGCCUGUGCCACGGCCACCUCUGCAACGGCAACGCCACCGGGACAGCGGCGGCCGCGGGGGCGAACGGGGGACCGGGGGGGCCCCGCCAGGGCCCAGUGCCCGGCCGGGGGGGGUCCGCGGGGACCCUGUGGCUGCUGGGUGCCAGCCCCCUCCUCCUCAUCCUCCUCACCUGCCUGGGCGUCCUCGGACUGCGUUGGACAAGGGCCCGCAAGGGGCAGCCACCGCGGGGGGGGCGGAGAAUCGGGGUCCCCCCGGAGCCCCCCAGCCCGGACCUGCCGGCGCUGCACUUCCUGCAGGUGCUGCAGUCGGGGCGCUUCUCGGCCGUGUGGCGGGGCACGCUGCGCCAGAGGCCCGUGGCCAUCAAGGCGUUCGCGGCCGGGGCCGGCCGGAGGUUCGCGGCCGAGCGCGCCGUGCACGCCCUGCCGCUGAUGGAGCACGAGAACGUGGCCAGGCUGCUGCACACCCGGGCGGCCGCGCCCCGGGCCCGCGGGGGGCUCCUGGUGCUGCAGCUCUACCCGGCCGGCUCCCUGCGCCAUUUCCUGGGGCAGCACGUGGGCACCUGGGCGGGCAGCGUGCGCCUGGCGCUGUCCCUGGCCCGCGGCCUGGCCUUCCUGCACCAGGAGCUGUGGCGUGACGGGCUGUACAAGCCCAGCGUGGUGCACCGGGACCUGAGCAGCCAGAACGUGCUGGUGCGGGAGGAUGGCACCUGCGCCAUCGGAGACUUCGGGCUGGCACUGGCGCUGCCACCCCGUGCCCAGGACAGCGGUGGCAGCCGGCACGCCGUGGCCAUCCGCAAGGCGGGCACCCAGCGGUACCUGGCACCCGAGAUCCUGGACGAGAGCCUGGACCUGCGGGCCUGGGGCCGGGCACUGCGCCAGGCCGAUGUCUACGCGCUGGCGCUGCUGCUCUGGGAGAUCCUGUCCCGCUGCCAGGCGCUGAGCCCCGGAGCCCCGGUGCCGCCGUUCCGGCUGGCGUACGAGGCCGAGCUGGGCGCCAGCCCCAGCGGGGCUCAGCUGCGGCGCUUGGCAGCGGACGAGAGGCGCCGGCCGCUCAUCCCGCCCGCCUGGCACCGCACGCCGCAGCCCGGGGGGGCUCUGCCGGAGCUGCUGGAGGAUUGCUGGGACCCAGACCCCGAGGCGCGGCUCUCGGCCGAGCGGGCCCUGCAGCGGCUCCAGCGCUUGGCCGCGGGGCCCGCACCGGCCCCGGGGGACCCCGGCCCGGGGGCCGCCCCCCGCCAGGUCCCGGAGUCUCCCACCAUGUGGAACCCUGGUGCAGGUACAGGGGGACACCCCAAACUGGGGGGGGGGGGGCUGCCUUGACCCCCCCGGGGUCAGACCCUCCCCCCCUCAAUCUCCUCUUUUCU